AUGUCGAAUCGAUUACCUCCGGAGGUCUUACUGCAGAUCGUCUCGUUCUCUGUCGCCCCCGCGUCUUACCACGCUUGGACAAGUCGGUCAGGGGCGUUACGAUCGUAUUGCACCGUCUCGACGCAGUGGAGGGAUGUCGCGCAAGCCUUAUUGAUCCAAGCACCCGUGAUCAAGACCGAGGCGGUUGCACAGAGGUUCUUAGCUCGACUGGGUGCUGUCUCAAUUAUACCGAGCUCGUCGUUGCUCUCGAACAUCGACCAUCGCGUCGGGGAACUUGAUCUGGACAGGGACGACGACGACGACGACGACGACGCGAUCCGGAAUCAAGUGAUCGAAUUGCGCCUGGGCGACAACGAGAUCUUCACCUCCUGGACAAAUGGCUUCUCGAACAUAGUUUCUCGGUGCAAGAGGCUCAAGAGGCUGUAUGUGCUCAACGCCGACCAGGUCAUCCUUGCCGAACUUGGCCAUCAUUCGAGUCAGUCUUUUCGCCCCGAGGGUUUCGGGAUGACGCUGACUAAUCCCUAGGAUGUCUUGAGUACGAACAGACCUACACUAUUUUUAUGGUUGCAAUCUCCAAUUUGCUCCGCCUGCGUACUAUUCAAUACCUCUGCCUCCAGCAUCUCCCUCCCUUGCGCCUCCUCCUACGCCGCUUCAAAUUCCUCCGCUCGUCUUGCCUCUCCGAUUCAUGUCCCUCUCCCAUUCGGGUCUUCCCCUUUUAAUAUCCCCGAAUUCUCUCCCUCACUUGACCCAUCUCUCCCUCUACGACGUCUAUCGAUCUUACGGCCUUGACGAUGCCAUCGACCCCGACAUUAACAACUACGCGCUCCUCCUUAGGACCCUGGGACCCCAGUUGAAAGCCGCCAAGUUGGACUUGGUCCUUUAUCCUUCCUUCGACUUCGAUACAUGGUUACCUACACUGGCGUCGGAAUCACGUUCUCCCUCUUCCAACACACCGCAAGACGAUCGGUAUCGAGCAGGCGGACGAUUACAACUCUUUCAGGUCUCGUCCUACGAGGCCCCCUCGCUCUUUCUCCUCCUUCAAGCAUGUCAGAGUCUCGAGGUCAUCAUCGCCGAUGUAUUUCCCUUAGACCGGGAUACAAGGACACAUCUAUUGGGCCCGACACCUCACUCCUUCGUCGGCCAUGCGAACCUGCGAAAGAUCCGUUUCCGAAGAGGGCCUAUCCUUGUCGACGAUUCGAGGGAAGUUGAAAACUACUCGGUGGAUCAUCGACGAUUCCAACAAGGCUCGGCGCAGGAGGAGAAUAAGUUGAUCCAGAGUGUUUGGGGGGAAGGUGUCAAGGUUGUGUACGAUGCUGAUCAGUCCAAGGAGGGGAGACAGCGCUGGGGGUUGGAAGAUGAGGAGGCGAGGUUCGGGCUCACGUUCGAGGCGUAUUGUUUGGAGGAGGGCGUCCGGAUCGAGUAA